UUGGGACACGGAUGCCUUUGGCGGUCGGGCGCCUCUGCCUCUCCUCCGGCCUCCUCCUGGAGCUGGCCUGCGCUGUUUCCAACUCUGUUCCCUCAGCCGAACAUCCCAUCCCUGAAUGGCACUCUGCACCGCGAUACUGAGGGAAGUGGGGGUCCCUUGACCCAAAGUGGAGAGGGGAAAGUGACACGUGGAUACCCUGUGCCCAACAGGCAGGACACGAAGAAACCUCGGCGGUGCAAGCAGGUAAUUCCCACGCUUGCCUUGGAACAGAGCCAUUCUUUCUUGGCAAGCUCUCACAUUUUCACCUUAGUCCCCACCCUGUGGAAGGGGCCCGGCGACUUGUCCAGAGGCAGCUUUCUCCCUGUCCUCUUGUAAAGGAAAGACACACAGCCUCUGCUAACAGGGCCAUGGAAAUCCCAGAAAGUCCCUAAGAUGUUCCACAAAAGGCCUUAAACAUCCAGCCCCAAAGUGCCAGGUGGAGCAGCCUGGCAAAGACUCCACAGUAAAAAUUGUUGGCCUUUAUGUUGCAAGAAAGAAAAAUGUCAGCCUGUGAAGAUAAUGGCCCAGUGGCUCUGCGUCUGUAAAACCAAAAUUGGGAAGACAUUUUCUGAGGACCAUGGCAGAUCACCUUGACCUUCUCUUAGGAGUGGUGUUCAUGGCCGGUCCUGUGUUUGGAAUUUCUUCCUGCUCCUAUGAUGGUCAGAUGGGCUUUUUUCAUUUCUGCAAUCUCACCAAGAUUCCCCAGGUCCUCAACACCACAGAGAAGCUCCUGUUAAGCUUCAACUAUAUCAGAGCCAUCACGACCACCUCAUUUCCCCGCCUGGAGCAGCUCCAGCUGCUAGAGAUUGGGGGCCAGUUUACUCCCUUGACAGUGGACAAAGAGGCCUUCAGAAACCUGCCCAAUCUUAGGAUCUUGGAUCUGGGUAAAAAUCAGAUCAACUUCUUGCAUCCGGAUGCUUUCCAGGGACUGUUCCAUCUGCUUGAACUGAGACUGUUUGCCUGUGGGCUCUCUGAUGCUGUAUUAAGAGAUGGUUAUUUCAGAAAUUUGAUUUCUUUAAUUCACUUAGACCUAUCCUACAAUAAAAUUGGUAGCCUUUACCUUCAUUCUUCAUUUCAGGAACUGAAUUCCUUGAAGUCCCUAGAUUUUUCCUUCAACCAAAUAUCCAUCUUAUGUGAAGGUGAGCUCAAGCCACUUCAAGGAAAAAUGCUCUCUCUUUUCAGACUCAAAGCUACUAACCUGUACAAGGGAGUCUCGAUGGACUGGGAGAAAUGCAUGAAUCCAUUCAGAAAUAUGCUACUGGAAACCCUUGAUGUUUCUGAAAACGGCUGGACCGUGGCUAUCACAGGAAACUUCAGCAAUGCCAUCAGGGGAAGCCAGACUUCCUCUUUGAUUCUCACCUACCAUAUUAUGGGUUCUGGGUUUGGCUUCCAAAACAUCAAAGAUCCUGAUGAGAACACAUUCUCUGGCCUGGACAGAAGCUCAGUGGUACGCCUGGAUCUUUCACAUGGGUAUAUCUUCUCCUUGAACCCCCGACUCUUUAAGACACUCAAGGAGUUGAAACUUCUGAACCUUGCCUACAACAAGAUAAAUAGGAUUGCAGACAAAGCAUUUUAUGGACUUGAGAGCCUCCAAAUACUCAAUAUAUCAUGUAACCUUCUUGGGGAACUUUAUAAUUCCAAUUUCGAUGGGCUACAUAGUGUAGCCUACAUUGAUCUCCAAAAGAAUCACAUUGGAAUAAUUCAGGACCAGACAUUCAGAUUCCUAAAAGAUUUACAUACCUUAGAUCUCCGGGAUAAUGCUCUUAAAACCAUUUCUUUUAUUCCAAACUUACUUACUAUCUUCUUAGGUGGCAAUAAACUGGUGACUUUGCCAAAUAUUAACUUUAAAGCCAACUACAUUCACUUAUCAGAGAAUAGGCUCGAAAAUCUGGCUGACCUCUACCGCCUUCUCCAGGUAUCUCAGCUCCAAACUCUCAUUUUAAAUCAAAAUCGUCUUUCCUCUUGUGACCCAAAUCACACCCCUCUGGGUAAUCACAACUUAAAACACCUUCUCCUUGGAGAAAAUAUGUUGCAACUUGCCUGGGAAACUGGGUUCUGCUGGGAUGUUUUUAAGGGACUCUCCCAUCUCCAGGUUCUGUAUCUGAAUAAUAACUAUCUUAAUUUCCUUCCCCCUGGAGUAUUUAGCGAUCUGACUGCAUUGAGGGGACUGAGCCUCAACUCCAACAGGCUCACGGUUCUUUCUCCUGGUAGUUUACCUGCUAGUUUAGAGGUCCUGGAUAUAUCCAGAAACCAUCUCCUAUCUCCUGAUCCUGGCAUAUUUGCAUCACUUAAUUUCUUGGACAUAACCCAUAAUGAAUUCAUUUGUGAGUGUGAACUCAGCACUUUUAUAAGUUGGCUCAAUCAAACCAAUGUCACUCUACUGGGAUCUCCUGCAGAUAUAAACUGCAUGUAUCCUAACUCACUCUUGGGGGUUUCCCUCUACUCCAUUUCCAUGGAGGACUGUGAUGAAGAGGAAGUCUUAAAGUCCCUAAAGUUUUCCCUUUUUAUCUUAUUCACUGUCACUUUGACUCUGUUCCUCAUGACCAUUCUCAUAGUCACAAAGUUCCGGGGAUUUUGUUUCAUCUGUUAUAAGGCAGCCCAGAGACUGCUGUGCAAUGACCAUCCGCAGGGAAUAGAACCUGAUAGGUACAGAUAUGAUGCCUACUUUUGCUUCAGUAGCAAAGACUUUGAGUGGGUACAGAAUGCUUUGCUGAAACAUCUGGACACUCAGUACAGUGACCAAAAUAGAUUUCACCUGUGCUUUGAAGAAAGAGACUUCCUCCCAGGGGAAAACCACAUCGCCAACAUCCAGGCUGCCAUCUGGAACAGCAGAAAGAUCAUCUGUCUUGUGAGCAGACACUUCCUUAGGGAUGGGUGGUGCCUGGAAGCCUUCAGUUAUGCCCAAAGCAGGUGCCUCUCUGACCUCAGUAGUGUCCUCAUCAUGGUGGUGGUUGGGUCACUGUCCCAGUACCAGCUGAUGAAACACCAGUCAAUCAGAGGAUUUGUACAGAAGCAGGAAUACUUGAGGUGGCCCGAGGAUGUCCAAGAUGUUGGCUGGUUUCUCAAUAAACUCUCUCAGCACAUCCUAAAGAAAGAAAAAGAAAAGAAAGAAAACAAUCGCAUUCAAUUGCAAAUGAUAGCAACUAUCACCUAGUAAAAAGAGCAGCAUGCAAUUUAUCCCCAGCCACAAAUAACUCUUGACUUUGUAUUUGCACAAAGUUACCACUUGGGGGCUCUUUUCAGAGGUCUUUUCCCUAUUAUGAAAACAUCAAUCUCUUGGCUUUCCUGUCAACACAAUGUUUUGUCUCACUGACCUCCAAGUGGAAAAUAUCUAAAAAAUUGCAACUGCCCCAAGAGAUUCCUACUCACCAUUAAUUUCCCUUCAGACCCAAUAAUACUGUUCUCUCCUGUUAUGUGGACGAUGGAAUGUCCCCUAGUCAUGGAAAAGACACCUUGGAAGAAGUUACAGGUGACUUCAUGCUUUCUCAGCAUUCAGUUCAAGAAUGGGCUGGUCUGUGAUUCUGAGGUCUUUGUGUUCUGCAAAACAAUACUGAGUAGAAAACAAAUAGAGGUGAUCUCUUUCCUUCUUUGGCCUUAAGAACAAUGCCAGUGCUGGAAUCGGGUCACACUCUCUUGGGGAUAACAGGUGGCCCCGAGGAGACUUCAACUCCUCUGGGUCUAACCCUUGUGGGCCAUGACCAUUUUGCAUGUGACCCUUCUUUCAGCCUGGCACUCAGGACCUUCCAUGUUAGCACCAACCUUCCUCUUGAAGUUUUCUUCUACUGGUACCACCUCAUUUAUCAAAUCAACAAGCUCUUGUAGGAAGGAUUUGGAAUUUAUGCACAGAUCCUGGAUCAAAUUUUGAUUCUGCUGCUUGUUAGUUGUGUAACUUUGAGUAUGUUACACCUUUGCUGGGCCUGUUUUCUCACCUGUGGACAUCAUAAUAUCACCUUCAUAAAGUCACUGGGAAAAUUAAAUUAGCCAAGAAUGUCAGGACUUCUCAGAUCUUUUCCUCAGUUUUCCUAAUGGCCACAAGAGACUACAUAAACUGAAUGCCCUCUGGGGGCAGUUACAACUUCUUUGAAUUUGUAAUUUUUUGACCCAAAAAAGAAUCUACAUGUAUUUUGCAUUUGAAUUAUUUUUUGUUUCUUAAUAUAAGCGAGUUUCUGCAAAAACAUUAAUAAAAUUUUUA